AUGGAAAAGCUUUUUCUCUCAUUCUCCCAUCUCUUCGUCAGAGACUUAAACUCCGGUCGACUGCUGACUUUACCUACCGUUCGAGUUCCUACCUCGGUGGGCACUCCUUUCGUAACACAGACCUAUCCGCUGCCAGAGGCGAGUGGAAGCACCGGUGUCGUGCAGCCAAUGACAGUCAGCUCCCUUCAUUCAUCCUCCAGCGCGAGCUCGCGAAGCGGAGACAUCACCUUUAGUGCCCGAGAAGCAAGAUUGAUGCACCGCGGCGGUGUCAUCGCUGGUUCGGUCGUCGGCGGUGUGAUUGCGCUCAUCUUGCUCGUGGCUACCUCUAUCCUCCUUCAACGACGGCGGAGGCAAAAACAGGCGCGGAUGAGCACGGAUACAUGGAUCGGCAACAAAGUCGACCCCCCAGAUCCUCCACCAGCCAUAGAGCUGGUUCUUGACCAAGAAAACGCCGUACCGAUGAGCGUGGUGGAUGCAGUGCACGGUGCACCAGAGGCAGCGCACACCUCAGGCCCAACACUUGACAAUUAUUUCGCUGCGGAUACCGCAGAAAACCGCGUCAGCAACCAGGGAAAGACAAGCUUCCUCGAGUCACCCAUUCUGAGGACGAAGACGCUUAACUCGACUCGCAGCGUCUCAGUCUACAGCCAGAGCUCGUAUACGCCCUCUCAGUUUCCACGCCCUCCAUCUCUCAGCCAUCUGAGUGUCCUUCCCGCAAUCCAUCUAUCACCUGCCAUCCGCAUCGUCACGGAAACCGCAGGCACUCUCGCAGAGCCCGCGGCGCACAGCGGAACCUCCCCCACCUCACUCAUCAUCCCGCUCAUGACGCCCGCGGAUGGCCUGACUCCCACCACGCCGCACACGUUCCGCGCCUCCAGCCUUUUCUCUCGUUUCCUGCUGUGUGAGAGCGAGAUGGCCUCGGUGGGAAAGCGGUCCUCCAAGGCGUCAUCGAGCACCGUCUCGGCGUCGACGCCCACCGAUGCCGCAUCUCCGCGCAGACGGUCGAGAGGGGACAGCAUAGACCCGUUUAGGAGUAUGCCGAUCCGCGCCCCAUAUACGCCUCUGCCAUCCAUGGCCCAUCGUGUGCGGGACGAGCAGGGGCUAUAA